CAGAGAAAGCCUACCAUGAACAGCUUUCUUGCCGAUAUAACAAACUCUUGUUUUGAACCAGCCAACCAGAUGGUAAAAUGUGAUCCUCGUCAUGGAAAAUACAUGGCCUGCUGUAUGUUGUACCGAGGCGAUGUUGUCCCAAAGGAUGUCAAUGCUGCCAUUGCCACAAUCAAGACCAAGAGAACUAUUCAGUUUGUCGACUGGUGUCCAACUGGUUUCAAAGUCGGUAUCAACUACCAACCACCAACUGUUGUACCAGGAGGGGAUUUAGCCAAGGUGCAGAGAGCCGUUUGUAUGUUGAGUAACACCACUGCUAUUGCCGAGGCCUGGGCUCGCCUAGAUCAUAAAUUUGAUCUUAUGUAUGCCAAGAGAGCUUUCGUUCACUGGUAUGUUGGUGAAGGUAUGGAAGAGGGUGAGUUCUCAGAGGCCAGAGAAGAUUUGGCUGCUCUGGAGAAGGAUUAUGAAGAAGUUGGUGUCGAUUCUGUUGAAGGUGAAGGGGAAGACGAAGGUGAAGAAUACUAAACCAAUAGCAUUUGUCAUUCAUAUUUAAGGCUUUCAUUUUUAUACGCCCACUUUGAUAAUUGGUAGUAUAUUGUCGUCCACUCGUCCAUAAUACAUUGGAUGAAGUUAAUAUCCGAUUGUCUUUAGAUUUAUACACAGCAAUUAAGGUCAUAAGCCGAAGAAUCCUAUUGAUUUUCAACGAUUUCCGAUAGUUACACUUCCAGAAUUAUAGACCUUGAUCACUUUGAAAAAUCCUGUGGAUGCCCUGGAGACCAAUCAUCCGAUUGAUUUAAAAUUUAUACACCGUGUGUAUUUAAGGUUGUAAGACGAAGACUCCUUUUGAUUUUCAAGGAUUUCUGGUAAUUACUGCCAGAGUAAUGGCUCUUGGUCAAUUUAAAAAAAAAUUGUGGAUGCUUUGCAGGACAGUUAUCAUUCAAUUGACUUUAAUUGUAUACACAGUUGCGCGACAACCCUUCUUGACUGUCCAGACGACUUAAUUGCUGGGCGUAUGUUUCGUUGCUUGGCAACUUAUCUUUUUAUUUGAAACAAAUCAUUGUUGAAGCUUAUUGUAACAUCAUUACCAGUUCAGUAUGCAAGGCUAGUGGUUUCUGAUUCAAACACUAUUAAAAUGUCAUUAAUAAUAUCAA